AAAAUGCAUGCUAAUAAGCAACUAGUUAAAAGACCCUAAAAUGAAGAGUUACCUGUUUUGAUAAUCUUGAAUACAACUGACAUUUCAAAGCUUUCAGCAAAACAUUUUCUGAAUAAAUGAGCAAACGCCAAGAAGCCUUUCAAUGAUCCUGCUCUCCCCUACUUCAUUGUGUGAUGAAAUAAAACUAUGGCAUCAAAAGGAUAAAAACCCUUAAGCAAGUAAUUAGCAGUAUCACUUUAUUUGUAAAAAUAGAAACAAAAGUUUUGACUUGUUGAUUUUGGUCACAAACAUGGUAUUAAAAAUGCAGCAUUAUGCAGUUUGUUUUGUUUGUUUAUGCUAGUAUGAUAAUGACUUCCAAAAAAAAAAAAAAAAAAAAAAAAAAUAGAGGCUCAGUGUUUGAUCUAAUCUUCUAAACAAAAUAGGGCAUGCAUCAUGCAAACCACUGUAGCUUGGCACUAUGUGUGCAAACCACAUGUGAAUAGAGAUAAAAUUUUGUUUAACAAAUAUAUUUUUUUAAAGCAGUCAACAAAACAUGUCCACAUUUUCACAGCACUUUUCAAAAAGACCGACUCAAUCCCAGGUGAAGAAGAGAGACGUUUAGCAGCCGCUAUGCUGUGGUUCAUGCAAAUCUUUCUGGCAUGUAUAGGGUAUACAACUGCCAGUACAGAUGAAAUCAGGUUGGUGAAUGGACACAACUCCUGUUCUGGACGAGUGGAGGUUCUCUAUUAUGGAAUAUGGGGAACAGUGUGUGAUGAUGACUGGGAUCUGGCAGAUGCUGCAGUGGUGUGUAGAGAGAUGGACUGUGGGAAUGUGAUAGAGGCAAAGAGUGAAGCUUAUUUUGGACAAGGAUCAUGGCCAAUAUGGAUGGAUGAUGUUCAAUGUGCUGGGAAUGAGUCCUCACUAAAGAACUGUAGGACAUGUGGAUGGAGAAUACCUAACUGUAGACAUGAUGAAGAUGCUGGAGUCAUCUGCAACUUAUCUGUCAGGUUGGUGAAUGGAGACAACUCCUGUUCUGGACGAGUGGAGGUUCUCUAUAAUGGCACAUGGGGAACAGUGUGUGAUGAUGGCUGGGAUCUGUCAGAUGCUGCAGUGGUGUGUAGAGAGAUGGGCUGUGGGAAUGUGAUAGAGGCAAAAAGAGGUGCUUAUUUUGGACAAGGAUCAGGGCCAAUAUGGAUGGAUAAUGUUCAGUGUGCUGGCACUGAGACCUCACUAAAAACCUGUAGUAAAAGAGGAUGGGGAACACAUGACUGUGAACAUCAUAAAGAUGCUGGAGUCAUCUGCAACUUAUCUGUCAGGUUGGUGAAUGGCAGAGACUCCUGUUCUGGACGAGUGGAGGUUCUCUAUAAUGGAAAAUGGGGAACAGUGUGUGAUGAUGGCUGGGAUCGGUCAGAUGCUGCAGUGGUGUGUAGAGAGAUGGGCUGUGGGAAUGUGAUAGAGGCAAAGAGUGCUGCUUAUUUUGGACCAGGAUCAGGACAGAUAUGGAUGGAUGAUGUAAAUUGUGCUGGGAAUGAGUCCUCACUAAGGAACUGUAGGACAAAUGGAUGGGAAAGACAUGACUGUACGCAUUAUGAAGAUGCUGGAGUCAUCUGCAAAUCUGUCAGGUUGGUGAAUGGCAGUGACUCCUGUUCUGGACGAGUGGAGGUUCACUAUAAUGGAACAUGGGGAACAGUGUGUGAUGAUGGCUGGGAUCUGACAGAUGCUGCAGUGGUGUGUAGAGAGAUGGGCUGUGGGAAUGCUACAGAGACAAAAAAAGGUGCUUUUUUUGGGAACGGCUCCGGACCAAUAUGGAUGAAUAAUGUAAAUUGUUAUGGGAAUGAGCUUUCUCUAAAGAGUUGCAUUUCACCGGGAUGGAACGUACAGAACUGUAGUCAUUAUAAAGAUGCUGGAGUCAUCUGUCAAUAUGGCAAUUUAUCUUCAACAACUGCAAUAACAAACUCAACAACAGAAGAGAAGUCUACAGCUGCUGACGUCACCAGUUCUCUAGGAAACAACUCUUAUCACUUUACCUACAUCAACGAGUCAAAAAGCUGGAUUGAUGCACUGGGAUACUGCAAAACUCACCACCAGACUUUGGUGCACAUUUUAAAUGCCACGGCACAAGCGUACAUCACACAGAUGCUGCAGGGUAAAGAAAUCCCCAAUGGAGUGUGGAUCGGGCUUGAACGGAGUAUGCUCUUCACUUGUUCGCCCUGGCUGUGGACUGGUGGGCCGUAUGUGGACUAUGCAUCAUGGCAUCAAACGUAUCCAGUGGACAGAGGGAGCAGUUUUUGUGGAAAACUUCUUAAGGAUGAAAAGAACGUGUUUGGAUGGGUGGAUGCUUGCUGCCACGAGAACCUUCCUUUCAUUUGUCAGGGAUGAAACACUAGGUGGAGCUGUUUCCUAGUUUGGAGCCGAUUGGUGAUGAUCACAGAAACUGAGUCAUGAUGUUUUGAUAAACAAAUUUUGUUUUGUUUCUAAAGAAUUUACAGUAAUAUGCAGCCCUGUGGUGUAGACUUGCAUUUACAUUACAAAAUUAUCAGUUUAUAUUAGCUCUUUAAUCUUUAUUAAUGCAUGCAAUGAUUUUAAAACCAGCCUUUCUGCAUAGCUGAUGGAAAGCUGCCUAUAUGCUAAAUAUAUUUUAGAUUCCAUGUGAAAAUGUGAAUCUUCUUUCUUUGUUUUGUCAUAGUUUAUACUGAGAUGAUCUAUAUUAAAGUAAAUGUUAGUUCUGUGUGCCUAUGGUUUGAGGUUUCUUUGAGAUUCUUGAAGUGCUUAUUUCUUUCCAAAGUUUUUUAUUGACAUUUUUUCCUUAAUUUCCCAUUUAAAUGUUUUUAAUUGCAGUCAGAUUGUAGUGUCAUGCAUAAUUCGCAACUAAUAAUUAAUUUAAAUAAUGUUUUUGAAAUGUUUCUUUAAAGAUUUUUGAUUACUAUCAACCGGUAACAAAUUAUUUGCAUUACAAAAUGUCUGUAUUUUGCUGUCUUAAUUAAUCUGCAUUAUGAAUAAUUGCAAUUGUAAUAAAGUGUUUUUCAAUAUUCUAACUUUGGGAGUUUAUAUUGAGAUGAAAGCUAAUAAACCUUUAUUAUAAAAUAAAUC